AUGAUGUUGCAAGGAAAACAGGGAGAUUGUAGCCCAUCUUUACCCGUGGAAAGGCAGGAAGACAAUGCCGAGACCAACCCUGUAGGAACAUCUCUUCAGUCAGCAGCACUCCCUGAAGUGCAGCAGCCGGUCCUCAGGGAGAGUCCACCACCGCCCAGAAUUGUCUCCACAUACUCAUUAGAGCCGUGUUUCACACCACGCAGCCCAUCUCCUGGGCUUCCUGUUCUAUCCUCCUAUGUCAGUGAAGGUGCCGAAAGUACCAACAGUGUUAUCUCAUCUGCCCAGGCUACUGUAGCAGUGCCUAUAGCAGUUCUGCCACAAGGAGAACCCAGUCUGGCAGAUACCUCUGAGACAAUGAACUACUCAACUAUAAUGGGAAAUAACAGCAUGGGCCCAGACGCUGCCUUGACAUUUCUCUGCAUGCCUCCCAUUACUGCUAUGCCAGAAAUAGCAGAAACCAGCCUGGAGAACAACCCUGAGACAAUGAGUUACCCAACUUUAUUGGGAAAUGACAGUGGCCAGUGUUCUUCUUUACCUGUCAACCUCCCACCCAAUUUUGCUGAGUUUCAAAUAAUGCAUACUACAAUAGUUGGAAAAUACAUACUUGUAGAAGUUCCAGGAACAGCAGAAACCAGCCUGGAAAACAGCUCUCAGACGGUGUAUUGCCCAGCUUCACUGGGAAAUAUCAGUGGCCCAGAUACUGACUCUUCAUCUCAUUACCUCCUGCCCAGUUUUGCACUUGAAAAUGCUAUACUUACAGAAAUGCCGGGAAAAGCAGAAACCAGCAUGGAAAACAGCUCUCAGACAGUGUAUUACCCAAAUUUGGUGGGCAAUGACAGUGGCCCAGAUGCUGCCUCUUCAACUCUCUCCAUUCCACCCAAUUUUGAAUCCGGCCCAGAAAUGCGUUGUGAGAUAAUGAAUUAUCCAAUGGUACAGGAAAGUGACAGUGACGAAGAUACUGAUUCAGAAAAUUCCUUCCUCACUGCUUCUUUUGAAAUAUUGGCGGAAGCAGUAAGCAGCCUGGAAGAUAACACUCAGAUGAAAUACCCAGCUUUCUUGGAAGAAUCCGGCACAGCAAAGGGUUGUGAGACAAUGAAUUAUCCAACGGUAAAGGAAAAUGACAGAGACGAAGGUACUGAUUCAGAAAAUUCCUUCCACACUGGUGGUUUAGAAAUAUUGGCGGAAGCAGUAAGCAGCCUGGAAGAUAACACUCAGAUGAAAUACCCAGCUUUCUUGGAAGAAUCCGGCACAGCAAAGGGUUGUGAGACAAUGAAUUAUCCAACGGUAAAGGAAAAUGACAGAGACGAAGGUACUGAUUCAGAAAAUUCCUUCCACACUGGUGGUUUAGAAAUAUUGGCGGAAGCAGUAAGCAGCCUGGAAGAUAACACUCAGAUGAAAUACCCAGCUUUCUUGGAAGAAUCCGGCACAGCAAAGGGUUGUGAGACAAUGAAUUAUCCAACGGUAAAGGAAAAUGACAGAGACGAAGGUACUGAUUCAGAAAAUUCCUUCCACACUGGUGGUUUAGGAUAUCUUGGUGAUCCAAGAAGAAAUGUCAGGAUGCUUGAUAUUCAUUUGAUGACUGCACAGAAGGAGGCCACACCUAAGCACGCAGCCCGCUACUUGGUUCGUAUUUUGUUCUCCAAGGAAAUCAUGAUUUCCAGCUCUGUAGCUGUCAAUUCCCAAGGCCGCCAACCCCUGGAUCCAAACAAAAUGGCUGCAAUAAGAGAACAUCUGGCAGCAAUUUUUCCCAACCAUGAUUUACGUGAAUGUGGAAAAGACUGGCAAGCCUGUAUUUCCGAUAUCAAUUCUCUGAUCUGCCAUUUAUGUUCCAAAAGAACACCCCAGAAAACUGUUAACAAUAUAGAGCCUACCAACCCGGAUACAGAUUCGAAUGAUAAAAGGGAUGGUGAUGACAGUGAAAGUAGUUCCCUGUUAUCUCAGCAAGCAGCUGGCUCAGAAACAAGAGAAAAUGGGAAUUCUCAGCAGAACAGCAGUCCUGAAGGAAUUAAAGAACCUUCCACUGAUAAUACAACAGUAUCUUAUGAAACACUGGCCGACUCCUUUGACUCUCAGGUUAGUAACCUUUCUCCGCAGGUAGAAGAGAAGGAGCUACAGCUGGAUGGGCCAGAAGCAAUUCAGGGGUCUUGUUCUCUGUGUGCCAGGCACAUUGCAGAUACUUCAUAA